AUGUUUGCCCUUGUGUUGGAUGUCUUCAAGUACUGCUUCGCGAGCUAUUGCGUCGUUCGACUUCUCAAGUUCUUAUUCAUUCUUGCCAAAUCCAUUAUGGUCUAUUUCUUGACGCCAGAGUACAAUAUUGAUAAUUUGAAAGACUCGUGGACUGUAAUUACUGGCGGAACUGAUGGAAUUGGACGCGCUUACAUUGAAGAACUCGCCAGAACCAGAAAAAUCAGCAAGUUCUAUUUGAUCGGACGCAAUCAGGCCAAACUAGAGAAGACUUCUUCGGAGCUUAAACGCGAUUACAACGCCGAGGUGAAAUACCACAUUUUUGAUUUUGAGCAUGAUGACUAUUCGAAGUUGCCACAGGAAUUGGAGAAUGACGUUGACGUUGGAAUCUUGAUCAAUUGCGCUGGAAUCGCGCCAACACAAGUCGGCAACCUCGUCGAACUCGAAAAAGGACUCGCUUCUAAGAUCCUUAGAGUCAACCUAAUGUCAACUGUGAAGAUGAUCGAGCUGGUGUUGCCGGGAAUGUUGAAGAGAAACAAGGGAUGCGUUGUCAAUGUCUCCUCAAUAACGGGUUGGCGCCCGCUACCAUACAUAAGCUCCUACCCAGCCAGCAAGGCAGCUCUUUCAUUCUUCUCCGAUGCAUUGUCCGACGAAUUCCGUUCAAGCAAUGUCAGAAUUCAGUGUCUUAUUCCAAUGCUUGUCGCCACCAAAGUCGCUUCCUAUGAGACCGAAGAAGCCAAUGACAUCUUCGUCGUGACUCCAGAGAACUUCGCUAGGCAAGCAGUCCGUAUAAUCGGAACUCGUUGGGAGAUAACCACCGGUUGCAUUCAACACGAUAUUCAGGUGGCUUUCGGCACACUUGUGUCAUUCUGGGUGUUCAAAGUUCUUUUCGUGCCACUUGUCAUGCUUGGAAUUCACAAGGAGCGCGUCGCCGCCUACCAGAAAAAGAAUAGUCAGAAACAGAAGUGA